AUGUCCAACCCGCCUGCGAACCCCGGGUUUCAACACGUCGGGCCUCACCAGGCAGAUUUCCACACUCUGGGGACGGCGGAUCUCGACCACUAUCAGCCUUAUGCCUCGGGCCCUGGCCAGCAUGCUCCCUCCGCAUCACCACCACUGUCCGACACUCAACUUGCCUCAGACCGCACGUCGCCCACGCUUGGACUUCAUUCCCUCAGUUCGCAAUCACAAUCGCCCGCCACCGCAGGUACAUAUUCGGAAUAUGUGUCUCCAGCUCCUGAGCGAGCCGAUUCACCAGUCGAGAAAGAGAGAUAUCUUGAGCCCGUUGCAUACUAUCCACCCUAUUCCGAGGGUCCUUCUACCAUUCCGCCCACGGAGUCCAGCCUAGCCCACUCUGACCGAGCGUCCAAGGACAAGCCAUUCUAUAAAAGAUGGUUGUGGAUCAUAUUGGCUUUGAUCCUCGUUGUUGCUAUAGCAGUUGCUGUCCCUUGCGGAGUUGUAUUUGGCACGAAAAAGCAUCAUUCAAGUCCUACACCUGCGACAUCGCCCACCCCCCCUCCUCCCUCUAAUCACACCUCCAGCAUCGUCCCUACCACACCCGCUACUACGAGCAGUAUUCCACAGCCUACUGGUAACCCGCAGUACGCCAUCGGGCCUCAGUUGAGCCCACUUUAUGCGUCCAAGGACGGAGCAUUCAACGGCACCGGAAUUGCAAUCGCCGCGGCAAAUCCCGGCGUGGAUUCGAGUAUCUUUGUGUUUUAUCAAGACUUCACUGGUGCUAUCCAAUUCGAGAAAAGCGAUCCAGCAGACGGCGAAGCCAGCUGGAACCCCCUCUAUCAAGUCAAUCAAGGCGCUCCCCGGGCACUAAACGCGACACCCUUGGCGACGGCGGCAUACGUCAAUGAUACUGUUGCUACGUGGCACCUAUUCUACAUAGAUGAGAACUACAUAAUGCGACAACGAAUUCUAACGAAUUCUUCAGGCUAUGUUCCCACAUGGACAUCAGGGCCUCUCGAUGACCUCAAACUGGAAGUCAACCACGCCGAUACCAUCGGGAUGCAAGUGUGUUAUUGGGGUAAUUUUUAUGGUGAUGCCACUGAUACUUACACGGAUGGCCUGAAUGGGACAGACCCUGCGGGCGCGCCACAGACAGGGAUGCAUUUAUGGUUCGCGGAUACGAACUCGAGCUUCAGGCAGUUUGACUGGACCAACCGCUCUGCGCAAUGGACCGAAGUUACAGAUCAUGCAUGGGACAACCUCGACGGCCAUGCUGGAGUCGGGUGUCAGACGUGGGAAUCAGGGACGACUGAAUAUGUUUUCUUCGUUAAUGAAAACCACACCAUCAACAUGUGGUGGAAAGACAACAACUUCAGUGCCAGUAACAUACCUACACCUGAACACCCGGUCGGCAAGUGGACACUGGCGCCAGGAGUCAAUAUCACCGACGUUCAUCCAUCUUCUACUCUCAGUUAUACGAAUUAUCUGGUAUACCAAGGAGUAGAUGGGACCGUGCAAGGCUCCAACAUCCUUUUCGCAGGUCCCAACGGGACUGCACCAGAGGACACAAUCACCAGUCCGACAGAUUACUUCGUCGUCGACGACUCAGACACUCAGCAGAGCAUUUCCGCGAUUUCUUGCACCCAUCUCUGUAACACCGCUGUCCAGACCGAGAGCAAGGGUGUUUUAUUGAUCGUGCUCUUCCAGGUGUUCGGUGACGACAUCCAGCAGUACAACAGAGACGGUUCCGGUGGACCCUGGUACGUGGGCCCCGCGGCAGUCAUCGGCAAUGAAACGGCAAGCUGA